GCUCGGCGCGGCGCCGGCGGAGCUGUAGCAGCAGCCAGCAGCCAGCAGCCGGGCGGGCAGCGGCGCACAUGGCAUGUCUGAUGGCGGCUUUCUCCCUGGGCACCGCUUUGAACGGCAGCAGUUCUGCUUGUACCAUGGCCGAGCCAAAGUCGGUGUGUGUUUCGGUGGAUGAAGUGGUGUCCAAUGGCACAGAUAACCAAGACAUUCGACUGAUGAAUGGACAUUUUAAAAAAGUGGACAGUACUCUGACAGAAGCUCAUCGUUUCUCCUACCUACCCCGCAGACCAGCUGUGAAUAUUGAGUUUAAAGAACUGUCAUACUCUAUCCAAGAAGGGCCAUGGUGGAGAAAGAAAGGCUAUAAGACCCUUUUGAAAGGAAUUUCAGGGAAGUUCAGCAGUGGAGAACUUGUUGCAAUUAUGGGUCCUUCAGGAGCUGGGAAGUCAACACUCAUGAACAUUCUGGCAGGAUACAGAGAGACGGGAAUGAAAGGAGAAAUUCUCAUCAAUGGACAGCCUCGUGACCUACGUUCUUUUCGCAAAGUCUCCUGCUACAUCAUGCAAGAUGACAUGCUCCUUCCUCAUCUGACUGUCCAGGAAGCUAUGAUGGUAUCUGCUCAUCUAAAACUUCAAGAGAAGGAUGAAGGCAGGAGAGAAAUGGUAAAGGAAAUAUUGACAGCCCUUGGUUUGCUGACAUGUGCCAAUACAAGGACUGGGAGUCUUUCUGGAGGCCAGAGAAAGCGUCUUGCCAUUGCGUUGGAGCUGGUGAACAAUCCUCCUGUCAUGUUUUUUGAUGAACCAACCAGUGGCUUGGAUAGCGCAUCGUGUUUUCAGGUUGUCUCUCUGAUGAAGGCUUUAGCUCAGGGUGGCAGGUCCAUCAUCUGCACGAUUCACCAGCCCAGUGCUAAACUGUUCGAGUUGUUUGAUCAGCUCUAUGUUUUAAGUCAAGGCCAAUGCAUUUACCGUGGGAAAGUAGUAAACCUUGUCCCUUACUUGAGAGAUUUGGGUUUGAAUUGCCCAACCUACCACAAUCCAGCAGAUUUUGUUAUGGAAGUAGCAUCUGGUGAAUAUGGAGACCAGAAUGGCCGGCUGGUAAGGGCAGUACGGGAAAGGAUAUGUGACACAGACUACAAGAGAGAUGUUGGGGGUGAGAACGAGUUGAAUCCCUUCCUCUGGCACAGGCCUUCUGAAGAGGAUUCCUCCUCCACAGAAGGCUGCCACAGCUUCUCUGCCAGCUGCCUAACCCAGUUCUGUAUCCUCUUCAAAAGAACUUUUCUCACCAUCAUGAGGGAUUCGGUCCUGACGCACUUGCGUAUCACCUCACACAUUGGUAUUGGGCUGCUCAUCGGCUUGCUUUACUUAGGCAUUGGCAAUGAAGCUAAGAAAGUCCUCAGCAACUCUGGCUUCCUCUUUUUUUCCAUGUUGUUUCUUAUGUUUGCUGCGCUGAUGCCAACUGUCCUUACAUUUCCUCUUGAGAUGGGAGUAUUUCUUAGAGAGCAUCUGAACUACUGGUACAGCCUGAAAGCCUACUAUCUCGCCAAAACCAUGGCUGAUGUUCCUUUUCAGAUCAUGUUUCCUGUGGCUUACUGCAGUAUUGUGUACUGGAUGACUUCACAGCCAUCUGAUGCACUUCGAUUUGUCCUCUUCGCAGCCUUGGGAACCAUGACAUCCCUGGUGGCUCAGUCACUGGGUCUCCUCAUAGGGGCAGCCUCUACAUCCCUCCAGGUGGCCACUUUUGUGGGCCCAGUUACUGCAAUCCCGGUGCUUCUGUUCUCUGGGUUUUUUGUUAGCUUUGAUACCAUCCCGACAUACCUCCAGUGGAUGUCCUACAUCUCCUAUGUCAGAUACGGGUUUGAAGGAGUUAUUCUCUCCAUCUAUGGACUGGAUCGAGAAGACCUGCAUUGUGACAAAGAUGACACUUGCCAUUUUCAAAAAUCAGAGGCCAUUCUGAGAGAACUGGAUGUAGAAAAUGCCAAACUUUACCUGGACUUCAUUGUUCUUGGAAUCUUCUUCUUCUCUCUGCGCCUAAUUGCCUAUUUUGUUCUUAGAUACAAAAUCCGAGCAGAGAGGUAAAGGAAAACCAGCUAAAACAAUGCAGUAGGAAGAUCUUUAGACAUGCAAUAGAGGGCACUUGACAUUGUCUCACUGUGGCAGGCCAGUCUCCAGUGCCCAGCUAGAUGCUGUUAUGACCUAGCCCAUAGAGAACCACAAUGGGAUAGUGGACAUACAGUGUUAAGCCAAUCAGUCCAGUUGGGUUGGGUCAUGUUUUCAUUACACUUUCUAGCUUUAACUAGGAAGAAGAAAUAGAAGGGAAUUUUACACCACAGAAUAUCAAAACUGAGGCAGUGUAACUGUAACAAAAAAUCUGCCUGCAGGAACUUUCCUUAUGAAAACCAAUUUCGGGUUAAGGUCGCUAAGAUACUAGUCCUGGUAGCCAGAAUAGUAUAAUGUCAUCUAUAGUUGACAAGGUAAUGAGAUGCUAAAUGGGAAAUGCAAAGAAAAUAGGAUUCUCUCAUCUUUUUAAAUUCAGCGUUUCAUCUUUGCAGUUUUCUAUGUAUUAUUUUGCAAUUCUUUUCCACAGAAUUACCCCUUCUGGCCAAAAGUCUCUAAAUGUGUUAAUUACUAAGGUAAAGAUAGCUUUUUAAUAUGGGCACUUUUUUUUUUUAAACAAACCUUGAGCGAUUCAAGUCAUCAUUUUUGUUUCUGUCUAAAUUUAAGAUUCUGGUGCUUUACCUGUGGAGCUGGUCUCAUAUCUGAAAACUGUAAUGAUGGGAGGAAAAGGCAGAUUCGGAGUCUGCACUAAACCUGUGGCCCAUGUUUGGAAGCAUCAGUAGAUAGCACAGGCAGUCAGACAUAUUCAAGCCUUUGCUGAAUGAAUGAAAAAAACAUUCUUUUGCAGUGUCUUUUGAAUCAAUAUUUGUGAUAUUUAAAAUAUUAACUCUGCUCACAAUCUAUUUGAUCUACCUCCUGUGAAUGAAAAAGCUCUCCAAGGAUUGUUUUUUCUUAAAUUAUGAAAGCAGAAUCUAUCCCUGAAGCCUGAGAGCUUGUUAAAGCCGGAUGGAGCUCAAGAGCCAUCCACAGCUCAAAGCUUGGGGUAUUGUGUUAAAACACUUGUGACUGCCUCACCUGGCAGUGUUUAUUAUAUCUGCAACACAUUAUGCUUAGAACUCCCUUCAAAGUACACAAAUGAUCUUGUAAUACUACAAGUCAAAUUAUGCCAAGCACUUUUGUUCUCACCCUGAAGUCUACAUGCACGACAUGGGAAUUGGUAGCUAAUUUAUCUAAACACCAAUAAAAUUAUUAAAAGAAACAUGCAUUUGUUUUGCAUGUUUCACCAUUGUAAACUAGGCAAGGGGAAUUCUGGUUCCAAGUUGAUGUGACUCAUGUCACUUAUUUUCAUGGUUUGUAUUUUCAACCCAAAAUGAAAUUAUGGAGCCCAUACUCAUGCAGGACACCUUGGCCAACUUCUAUGUAAAUUCCACUACCUUCUGCUCUUACUGUGUGUUCACCUUAGUGUCACAGACCUCUGAGUCAGACCAAUACAUUCUGUAAGUGUGUAUCACGGUGCUGAUGUCUUCUAGUUUGGAAGCAGCUCAGUGUCAGCAAAGCAUUCAGCAGCUCAUGGCAGUAAAGUAGAUCUUGUGCAUCUGCUGGCCACCACCAACAGUCACAAUUCACAGGCUGUUUUUGAAGACUUCAUGACUACGUGUAUAAACUAAGUAGUGCCAGGGGCAGCCCUGUUAGUCCUCAGACAACUGGGACUAACAGGAAUGGUCCCUGUACUAUGCUAACUCCUAAAUAGAACCCAAACAUAGCUGGAAAAGUUCUGGCUGUGCUGGGCUGCAGCUCUGUCGUUUAGCAGUGAAGACAACUGUUUCCCAGUUUUCCUGGCCCAUACCCAGGCUCUGUUUAAUUUGCCAAUACAGACAUAGAGCAUGUGUAUCAGUUAAACUCAGGACAUUUGAACUUAAGCCUGUGUUCUGGAAGACUUCAAGACAAGUCAUGUUUUAGGAGGGUUAGCUGAACUUUCCCUGAAAUUGAGAUUCACCUGUGAAAAGCAAAGUCAGCCUUUACUGUAGGAGGAAACAGAAAAAUCCUCACACAACCUCUGCAUAGUUUUGUUACUUUUUUUUUUUCACAAAAAGCUUUUAUACAGUUCUGCAGCUUUUCCAGGCAUAACCACGUGCAGAUGUGGACCUAUGUGGCUGUCAGGUAUGAGAAAUAAAGAAUUUUGGUUAUUCUAAAUAAUACUUGUAACUAUGAAGCACUUUUAAAUAAGGCUCAAGCUGAAAUCUCUUGGCACAGCAUGCCUUGAUUAUUUCAAGACUCUCAAAAUAUUUGUGAACAUUACAGUCAGUUCAGAUGCUGAUUGCAAGCAGGCAAAAGACUACAUUUGCCAUAGUACUUGUGUUGCAUACUGCUGGUCCAGCUAUAGGCUAUCUGAGUGUGAAAAAGUGUGAUGUCCAGUGCAUUAAAUACCUUCAGGGUUCAUGUUUUGUGUUUACCAACACCAUUUACCAAAUAUUGCAUUGAAAAUCCAUUGCAGUGUAUUAAAUGAAGUAACUCUGCUGACAUUUUCCCAUCCAGACCAGUUUAGCGGUGUGAGUUCUUUUGAUGCUAUCUUGUUAUCUGUGCCUAUUCCUCUGUAGACUUUACCUUGUAGAUUUUACCUCUUAAGUCUGCAAUAUGUCCUCCUGUACUAUAACUUUGUAUUGUAUUGUGGUACCAAAAGGUCUGGUCCUCCAUGGGUGUUCCUAAGAAAAUACAUGCUCUGGAAUAUUUUUAUCCCUCCUUUAUUUGUUAGAUAGCCUUUUUCCCAUCCAUCUGCUGAUAGCAUUUAGCUGCAAGUUACUGUUCUAAGGAACACUUACAGACUCUGAUAUCCUAGUAAAUAAAUAAAUGAAUUUUCUUGAAACUCAGUGCUACACAUAGAAGAGAUAAUAAUUCUUUCCCUCCUUAGCUCUAGAAUCAAACAGUCAUAUCUCUUUUCUCACUACUGUGGAACAGAAGUGUUUAAAGUCCAUCCCAAUUAUGUUUUUACACACUGCAAAGAUUUUUCACACAGCCUCAAAGAUUUUUAGCAUAGUCUCAACUUGGCUUUUUUCUGUUUAUGUGGAAAUAAAUUCUAACAGGCUGCUAUAAAACACAUUCCUAGUUAAUGGACUGAGCAUGCAUGUGCUGUAAUGUUCAGCAAGCACAUUGUGAAGCUCUGGAAGCUUCAUGUAGAAGAAUAAUGAGGUCACCAAGAUUCUAGACUUCAAAUCCUCAGCUUAUAUAGCCAUAUAUUAGUAGCCAUAAAUUGAUUUAAAUCAAUGCCAUUGUUACCGUUUGAACCAGUCACAAUCUGGCUAAGAUUUAUUUAAGAGCCUAAAGGUUUUUAAAGGUCUCUUGAAAACUGAAUGUACGAUUUCUGUUGGGAUUACAGGAAGACGUCAGUGUUCUGUAGGCCGCCUUGUGUUACUUCAACUUGUUUUUGACAUGUUGCUUUGGUUACUGAUUGCAUCGGCUAAGAUUUAGGUGCUUCAAAAUGUAUUUUUGUUGGUUUUCUUCACAGAAACCUGCAUAUAAUUUGAAAAACACUGAAAGUUUUUCAAAAGAAUUUAAAUCAUUCUUUAAAUAAAAGAUUUGGAAAACAGAUUCUACUCAAGAAAUUGAGAAAAUUUCAUAUUUAUAGAUCAAAGGGAGUAGCAGAUUAUUAUCUGGUGCUAAAAUCCUGUUUACUUCUUAGUAUCUGAUGCCCAAGAUAUCUUUUUUUUGUUAAAAGAGAGGAAUAUAUAUGCACACGUAAUAGGGAGGGCUGGUUAUAUGAGUGGGAGGUAAUAAACACUUGAGUCCAACUACUGGAUGUACUGGUCUUUGUACUCUCAGGGUGGUGAGGCACUGAAACCGGUUGCCCAGAGAAGCUGUGGCUGCCCCAU